AUGGCAUCCACUCCAGGGUUUGUGAACCUCUCAGGUUCUGAAUCCAUAGACUUCGAGUCACCUGAUCUUCCAGCUUUUAGCAGCCACUCCUCAGAAGCAUCUACUGUCAAGGAGAGGAGGAAAUGGUCUCCGAAGGAGGAUGUUAUUCUCAUAAGUGCUUGGCUCAACACCAGCAAGGAUCCAACAGUAGGAAAUGAGCAAAAUUUGGGAACUUUCUGGUCAAGGAUCCAUAAUUACUACAACUCAAGUGUUCAACAUGUUGGGUUGGACACUAGGGAGCUAGGUCAGUGCAAGCAAAGGUGGGGAAGGCUUAAUGACCUAGUCUGCAAAUUCUGUAGUUGCUAUGAUGCGGCAUUGAGGGACCAAUCAAGCGGUGAGAAUGACAAUGAUGUGAUGAAGAAAGCACUAGACAUGUUCUUCAAUGACCAUGGUUGUAAGUUCCCUCUAGAACAUGCUUGGAGAGAGCUUAGGCAUGACCAGAAAUGGUGCUUUGCGUAUAAGGCUAAGGAUAGUUCUAAAGUGAAGCGGAAGACGGUUGGUGGUGAUGUUCAAGGCGAUGAGGAGGUUAGUGGUGCUAGGCCUCCGGAUAUCAAGGCUGCUAAAGCGGCUAAGAAAAAGAAGGGUGUUCAAGAGGAAUCUAAUCACACAGAGUUAAAAACAGUGUUGGAGAUGAAAGACAAACUAAACAAGCAGAAGUUGCUGGAGAAGUUUCUUGAGAAGCCUGACCCUCUUUCUGAGAUGGAAAUGUCACUAAAACUUAAAUUGAUGUCAGAAAUGUUAGGAUAA